CCUCCCGCCCGGCGCGGCUCGGCCCCCGCCGGCCCAUGCAGGGCGGCCCCGGGCGCUCGGCGGCAGAGCCGCGGCAGUUCCCCUCAGGGCGGGCCGGGUCGGGAUGGGGCUGGAGCUGUACCUGGACCUGCUCUCGCAGCCAUGCCGCUCCAUCUACAUCUUCGCCCGGAGCAACAACAUCCCGUUCGAGUUCAAGCACGUGGAGCUGUUCAAAGACUCGGUGCUGGGGAAGAAGCCGGCGGCGGGGAGCGGCGCGGAGCAGCCCCGCGCAGGGCCAUCAAAUACUGAAGGUGCUGGCAAAGUCAGCCUCUUGAAGAAAGUACCAGCGCUGAAGGAUGGCGACUUCACCCUUGCAGAAUGCACUGCCAUUCUGCUGUAUCUGAGUCGAAAGUACAACACUCCCGACCACUGGUACCCCUCAGACAUACAAAAACGGGCCCGGGUAGAUGAGUACCUCUCCUGGCACCAYGCUAACAUCAGGGCUAAUGCUCCUAAGACCAUGUGGAUCAAGGUGUUGAUACCCCUCUUCACAGGGCAGCCACUGCCCUCUGAGAAGCUCCAGGAGGUUAUGGAGGGGCUGUCCRCUUCCCUGAAGCAAUUUGAGGAGAGGUUUCUGCAGGACAAAGCUUUUAUCAUUGGGAGUGAGAUCUCCCUGGCAGAUCUUGUGGCCAUUGUGGARCUGAUGCAACCUGUUGGAGUUGGUUGUGACAUCUUUGAAGACAGACCCAGGCUGAGGGAGUGGCGCAGGCGGGUGGAGGAUGCUGUGGGGAAAGAGCUUUUUUUCCAAGCCCAUGAGAUGAUCCUCAAUAUCAAAGAACUGAGCAAUAUUCAAAUUGAUCCACAGCUGAAAGAGCAACUGGCACCUGUGUUGAUGAAGAUGUUGAAAUGAAGUAACCUAUCUUAGCAUUUUCCUGCCUUUUUUCCCCCCUUUUUAACUUCUCUGACAUCCAGUUCUACAUGUAACUGGAAAGAGCACUGUAAUUCUAAAAYGGAAGCUGCAGAGUGUUUUUACCCUGUCUUUGGGGGUGGAAGCUGAGGAAAGCUUAAGACCKAAAACAUUAAAUUUAUAUAAAAARCUGAGGCCCUACAGGUCACUUAACAUGCAUCUGGAUUUUAUUUGUGUCAGUUUUUUCAGAUAUGGUAGAGACAAGAAUGGUAUUUCCUGACAGAAUUUGAGCCAGUCUAUAAACUGGGGACAUUAGAGAACUGAAUAGGAUGAGGAUCAUUUUUUUAAUGAGAUUUUAACAUUUGUACUACAAAGUGUGCUUGAUCCUCAUCUUCCUGGCAUAUGUCUGCAAGACAUGUAGAGCACAAAACUACUUCACAAAAGUGAAAAAAUGAAAUUUUUAAAGUUUCUUAUUGCUGAGGCAUCUUGCUUGGCUGUCUAUGUACAUUCCACAAUUCUAUUUGUCUUGAGGUUCCUUUCAGAAAUUUCUUUCUAUUCAUCUACAACUGUGAAUCUUCAUAAUUCUUCAGUUUAGCCACCGUGUUUGAUUUCUCAAAGCCUGGGUUCUGUGUGUGCUCUGUCUGCCAGUAGUGUGUGGCAGGGGCUGUUCUUGGAGAUUYGUGCUGCUGGUGGCCACAGCCUUGGAGUAACUGCCUACCUGAAAUACCAUUUUGAUAUUAUACAGGGARUACCCUGAAAGAAUGCUUUCACAGUGUUUUCUUGAAAAGAUAUAACAGCAUACAAACUAGGUUGGUUUUUUUUUUUUUUUUCCUGUGGUUAUUCUGUAACAGCAAUCCACAUUUCUCCUAGAAAAUGCAGAGGGGGAAUAAAUGCUCUUGUCUCAGACAUGCUCUUCUGAGACUGUUUUGAGUGGAAGUUCACCAAGUAAGUCGCUGUGCAGCUGAAGUAAUAAGAGAGAUCUUGUGGCAUUGAGCAACACAUGCAUCACAAUAAAAGGGCAAAGAGUUGUUUUGGA